UUCCUUUUAAUUUGUGUUUAGAUUUUGUGUUGAAGAUCUAGUCAUAAUAUCAAGAUUCAUCCGAGAUCGUAUUGUUGAAGAUGCGAUCAGACUUCAGUUGGAUGAUUCCGGUGGAAGUGAUGCUGGGUGCUCUGGACCAUGAAGAAGUCCAUUCAUGCAGCAUUUCAAAGAUUCCACCAAUGCUUCGAGCCCCCAACGAGGACGCUUACAAGCCAAAGCUGGUGUCCUUAGGACCCUGGCACAAGGGAGCAACACGCCAGCUUCUCCUAAUGGAAGAAGCAAAACUGCGCUACAUGCGCGACUUUCUUGAAAGAAGAGAAACUGGAACGGAUACAAGAACAUCAGAACUCAGGCUUCGGGAUUGCGCCGUUGACAUGAUCAGUAUGGACAAAGCGAUUACUGCCUGCUACAGCGGCGACACAGAGAUGGAUUCCCAUGAGCUCUCCAGGAUAAUGAUUGUCGACGGUUGCUUCUUGUUGGAGCUUCUCAUAAGACUUGGUUAUUACAUGUCGAAGAAGAACAGCAAUGAUGAUGAUGAUGAUGAUGAUAGCUAUUUGGGUGAUCCUCUCUUUGAAACAGAGGAGAAGGUAAGAUCUGUACUCAACGACAUCGUGAUGCUCGAGAACCAAAUACCCUUGAUCGUUCUCAAGAAGUUGUACUACAAUGUCUUCCCUGAUGAAGACAUUGAAGUCAAAGAUGACCACCGCGUUGCCAACAUCGUGUUCGGUGCUUUCGGUUACACUCCGGUAAGAAUCUCUUCAGGUGCCGCUCACAUACUCCACCUCAUUCAUCUGGCCACGGUUGAAGAACGUGACCAGUUAGAGAAGAAGAGAGGGGUAAAAGCGUCUCAAGAGCUAAAGCGGUGCGCUACUAGGCUCCGGGCUUCCGGAAUAACCAUUCGAACCGCCGCAAAUAGCAAAGGCAACGGUAAAGUUCCGGAUCUGUUUGAAGAUAUUUUUGACUUCGACAUAAGAUUUAACGAAAAAGAUAAGGUGCUGGAAAUUCCGGCUCUUCGUAUCAAGGAAACGACGGAAGUGAGGUGGAGGAAUUUGGUUGCUUGGGAGCAGAGCAGGAUUUGGGUGAAAAGGAAGUACACUUCGUAUGCUUUUUUCUUCAAAGGUUUGAUAUGUUGCAAGCACGACAUUGAACUGCUUGAGAAGAAGGGAGUGAUAGUGAACGAUAGCAAGAAGAAAAAAGAAGAAUUGCUAAGUAUGUUUCGGAAAAUCUGCAAGGGUUCUGAACACAUGGAUCCAGGUUAUGGCGGAAUUUGUGAGUGCUUGAACCAGUAUGAGGCGGAAUCCAGGAACGCGUUUCGUGGAUUGGGUAUAAGGAGUUGGCACAGGUGCAGGAAGGUUUUUGAAAUUCUUAUGUACUAUGUGUGGAAUUGGUAUGAUGCUUUGAUCCGUGAUCAUAUCCCUACAGUGUGGAAAUUCAUAGGAGUUGUGGCAGCUAUUGUUCUGCUUGUUCUUACCAUCAUGCAGACAUAUUAUUCAGCUCGUUCUAGUGGCUAGUCAACUAGGAAUCUCUCUAUUUUUACAUUGGAAUUUAUGCACCAUUUAUUUUUUUUUUCUUUUCCUAGUUUGAUAACCAUAAUGGAAGCCUCUAUGUGCUUUCAAGUUUGAUAGUUUAAACUUUGAAUCCAUGAAAGUUUUUGUUGGCCAAUUAAUAUUUUCACAUUUUUAUUGUUUUUUUAGUAGGUGAAGUAAUAAUUUUGCUAGGUAGACAACGGAGAUUGUGAAUGACGUGAACAAUAGACUACAAUUCCGACACAUCAAAGCCACACUUAUUGGCGCUACUCCAUCCCUCAUCACUUAUCCUCAGUGUCAUGCUAUCAACGCUUCUUCUCUCACCAGCCCCAUUAUCGGCGUCGCCCACUCCCUCACCAUCAACACUCAUCGUUGUCGAGAUCUUCUCCCUCAUCUCCUUUCUCUCACCUACACUGCCGCACUCUUGUUCAAGCUGCACGGCCGCCUUCUACAGGUAGAACAGACCGAGCAGUAGCAGUAGAACCAAGCAAGCUACAAUUCAAAAGACGUUGUACACUGCUGUCACCGCCAACUUCAGCAACAUCAUUUUUUACUACAAGAAGAUCGUAAACGCACCUGAUUUGUGCUACUGAAUAGAAUAGCCAAAUGGAAAAAAUGUAAUACGCAGUUUACUGUUGUUGGCUUCGACUUCAACAUGAAUGUACUUGUUUCUCACAGCUACCUCCUAUUUUGGUAGAAACUAGUAGAGAUGCGUUGUUCACCUUGCUAUAUGAACGGUAUGAUUAGCCAC